GUCGCUAUAGGGUAUUUGUACAAGUCGCAAUGGAGGUAAUUACUUGCUUGGACUGCAAGAAACAAACCAAUACAGUGAUCGACUAUCAAUCCGGGGAUACAAUCUGCACAGAAUGUGGUCUCAUACUCGAUUCCCAUUACAUUGUCGACUAUUUUGACCGAAAUAUCUCACAUAUGACCUCUCGGUCCUCUCCCAUCAGGACCAAACUUAAGGUGGGCACGAACGGUCUCAGGAUUCCUAACCCUAAUCUCGUUGACAAAGCCUUCUCCACAAGCUUCAGGGUCUCAUCACCGUCUUGCUCCAGUCAUAAAGCUCUGCUAGAAGGCCAUCACACGAGGUUGAUUGAGGAGCUAAACGUCUCAGUGGCUGCGGAAGUCGCGGGCCCUGAGGAUCAGCUAAAACUUACUUUGUAUCUUAAGUUUUGA